AUGCCGGCGGUUAUGGACAGUGCUGUUGAUACAUUUCCAGUUGGGCAUUCAGUAUCAAAAUAUGUUGACAGAGUUCUUACCAUAGAUAAAGAGAAUUCUCAACACAAAAUUGCUUUUAAGCUGCUCUGUUCUAACAACUCAGCUGCAGGUGUGAUAGGCCGUGGUGGCUCUGUUAUCCAUGCUUUGGAGAAUGAGACAGGAGCUUGUAUAAGCUUUUGUCCUCCAGUACAUGGAUCCAAAGAUCGUGUUGCCAUCAUAUUUUCAUUCGAGAAAAGAGAUCCAGUGUACCCAUCUGCCCAAAUUGCUGUUGUCCGAGUUUUUGAGAAAUCCAUGGAGGUUGCUCUUGAGUGCGGAUUAAUUUCAGGUUUACACAAGGGGACAAUUGUAACUGCCAAGAUUCUAGUUACAUCACAUCAGCUCAGAUGCCUGAUUGAUGAAAAAGGACAAGUUUGCACUGAUAUAGGUUCCACAUCUGGUGUUAAAAUAAAGCUCUCACCAAGAGACCUGCUUCAGGAUUUGGUUGCAGAAAAUGAAGAAGUGAUCCAGAUUGUAGGGGAGUACUUCAAUGUAAAGGUUGCUCUCUUUCAAGUUACUGGUAAGCUGAGGGGGAAUUUCUUCCCAAGUUUUGUCUCUGAGGGUGUAGCGUAUGAGCAGUAUCCAGACUCUUCAAUGCCCGAAAGCAGUCACGAUGAAGUGCAGUUAAAUUUGGAU